AUUGCUUCUAAGCUUUCAAGCUUAGGUAAAUAAUUAAUUGUUUAAGCUAAGUUUAUUAUAUUUGCAGUAGCAGUCAUGAGUCAUGAAGUUGGACGUCAAUGCUCUUAGAUACCUCUCCAAAGAUGAUUCCAAGGUUCUCACUGCCGUUGAGAUGGGCAAGCGGAAUGUAAUCAUCUUCCCACUUCUUUUUCUCUCCCCUUUCAUUACCAAUUAAACUCUUGAAUUAAUCACCUUUUUGUUUCUGGGUUUCUGUUAAUUGUCAAAUCAAUAAGGAAUGGACCUAUUUAUCCUGUGUGGUUGUGCCUCAAAAUGCUAUUUUCGUCUUCCUCCUUUCUCUUCCCCUUCAUAUCUCUCUCUUUUCCUCUCUUCCUUUUUCAAGGUGCAGGUUAUUAUUGUAUGUAACAGGAAAACAAGGUAGAAAAUCAAUCAACAAAUGGAAUUCAACAAUAUGACAUUGCUAUUGUUGGUGGUGGCAUGGUCGGCAUGGCUCUGGCAUGUUCCUUGGGUUAGUUUGGGUUUAACUAUAUGUGGGAGAGUUAAAUAGUAAUGGCGUCCCUCUUUUCUAUUUUUGAUUUCAUAUAUCUUGCAAGCUUAAUUACCUUUAGUUGCAUUUGUGGUAUACAAUAUAAUUAUUUCCUUGCAGGUUACAUAUGUUAGCUUAGGCUUUAAAAAUGUUUUAUAUUCCUCGCAGCGAGCUCUGCUUUAACCAGAAAGUUGAGUGUUGCCAUCAUUGACGACAACCCUGAAUUGACCUCUAGAGGUUUGAUUAGUAAAGAGGAGCCUCCUGACCCAAGAGUCAGUACGAUAACACCAUCUUCUAUCUCCUUUCUUAAAGUAUGUUAUCUUUGUUGAUAUUAGUAUUUAUUUUGUGGAUUAGCUAUCAGAAUACAUAAGUUGACCCACUAAUCUACCCAUAGCAGGCAAAGUAAAAACUGUUUAGUGUUUACUAUGUUAAUAUAUGUUCCCUUUAUCAAUAGGGGCAUUUAUUAUAUUUUGUGUCCUUUAGAAUUUCAAGUAACUAGGGCAAGACAAAUUUCUGACAUAUUACCCUUUUGUUUUCCAAUUCGGUUUCAUUAUUGCAGAUAUUGGAGCUUGGAAGUAUGUUGAGAAGCAACGCCAUGCAUAUUUUGACAAAAUGCAGGAACGUGAGACUCAAUAUGUGGAAGGCUUUGAAGAACUAAAGAGAGAGAUACAAGAUUUUGGUGCUUUUGCAAAGAAUGGUCCUCUUGGCCAAAAUGACGAAGAUUCCAUGGAUACGGAUGACGAAGAUGUUGAAGGUUCUAAUAGAACGAGGAGCCGAAAAGAAUCUAAUCUCUUCGGAGAUUGUUGAUAGGGGUGAGCCUUCUCAACACACAGACGCUGAUAUCAAGGAUGGAGUGUGUGGAUUGAGUAUGGUGGUUAGGGAUGGAGUGGGCAACGUCCUAAUGUCUGUAGCGGUCCCCAAGCUCGCUAAUAAGCAGACUGAUAUGGCAGAACUAGCACAAGCUCUGAAAUUUGGCAUGGAGUAUGCAUUCGAUGAGGGCUUCCGUAGCAUUGAAGUGGAAUCAGACUGUCUCAAAUGAUAAAAAUGAUGGGAGGUGCUCAAAAGGAAAGAACUAAUAAACAGGUUGUGGUGGAUGAUAUAUUAGCUUUAAAAUGUAACUUUGAUGUACUAUUGUAUCAUAGAAUAUUACCGUAAAAAAAAGGACCAACUUUUGAUGUAAUUCUUUUGUAACAUUUUUUAUAAGUUGCUUGAAUUGGUUUCUGAUAAACUUCCAGGUAACAUUUUACAUUA